AUGAAUGAGGAAAUGAAAAGAAAAAGAAAUCAACAGCAUAGAGAAGAAACGAAUGAAAGGAUGAAUAGAACGAUAUUAUUUAUGGUUGCAUUGUGGCGAAUGAAUGGAUAUAAAUGUUCAAUAAGAACAUCCAAAAGAAUGAGUAAAAAGAAGCACCAAUAUCCAAAAGUUUAUUUAGAAAAAGUGAUAUAUGAGGGAAGAAAUAUUGAAGAAGAAGCGAAAAAAUAUAUACCAAAAGGAAUUGAUAUAAGAUUUUAUGAAUUAACGAUACAAAAUGGGAAAAUGGAAAUAAUGAAAGAAAUAUUAGAAGGAAAAGGGUAUCAAUUUCGAUUAAUAAAAAGUAAAAAAACGGCAAAUAAAAAACAUAUGUUUAGAAAUAUUGAAGAAUGUGAAAAAGAAGGAGUAAAGAUAAAUAUGGAAAAAUGUAUUGAAAUGGGAAUAGAAGAAAUGAAUCAAAUAGAAGAAAUAAAUAAAAAAGAAAUUGAGUUAGGAUGGGGAUUUAUGGCAAUGGAAGAAAACUGCAUAUAA